UUUGAGCCUACAGACCAAACGUCACGGAACGUAGUUAAUAUUCAUAAACCAAGCCUUCACCAUAGUGUGGUUAUAUUUUUCUCCUCUCGGUGAAGAUGGCCACUAGUCCCAAAAGACCCUCUCUGGGUGCCAUAGCCCCCCGUAAGAAAGCCAACCCAAAGCCUGAGCUGACAGAGGAGCAGAGGCAGGAGGUCCGAGAGGCGUUCGAGCUCUUCGACACUGAUGGCUCUGGGUAUAUCGAGGUGAAGGAGUUAAAGGUGGCCAUGAGAGCGCUGGGAUUCGAGCCUAAAAAGGAGGAGAUCAAGAAAAUGAUUGCAGAGGUUGAUAAGGAAGCGACCGGGAAGAUCUCGUUCAGUGAUUUCAUGGCAGUGAUGAACCAAAAAAUGGCUGACAAGGACUCUAAAGAAGAAAUCCUGAAGGCUUUCCGGCUGUUUGACGACGACGAGACUGGAAAAAUAUCUUUCCGGAAUCUAAAGAGAGUGGCCAAAGAGCUCGGCGAAAACCUGACGGACGAAGAGCUGCAGGAAAUGAUUAAUGAAGCCGACAGAGAUGGAGAUGGAGAAGUUAACCAGCAGGAGUUUCUUCGCAUCAUGAAGAAAACAAGUUUGUACUGAAUGUCACCGGAAGCACAGGAUUCGGACAAGAAACCCUUUCAAUGUAAACAUAUUCAACGUCACUGUUUUAAUCAUUCCAAAACCUCGAUGCCUCUCGACCCCGGCGAUCCGAUCCGAUCCGUGAGGGUUUGCCAAACGUCAGCUGUUUACACUCUAUAGUCUCAAAUCAUAUCGGGAAAGAUAUACACACAACAGAGUUAUUAGUUGUAGUGAUCGAGUGAGUCAUACAACGACUCAAGUUUGUCAAUCUGUCAUUAAAUGAGCGAAUCUUAUGUUUCGGAAUAGAUAUAAAAAAUACAUUUUGCAUUAAAAAUAAAGCUUGUUGAAGUUUUGAAGUUACUAUAAGAGCAUUUUUAUUUCGUUUAAAGUUUGUUUAACGCUUCGGCUCAGAAUAGAUCGAUAUUAAGUGGGAAACGAACGUGUCAAAAGAUCGUCGUACAUAAAUCACACGUCAACCCAAUCACUUAUUAGCGUUCAUGUAAAAACUAUGUUCGGAUUCAUCAAUCGGAAAUUAAAGGUGGCCAUGUAAACGUUGCAAAUUAAAACGUUAGUAGUGUUUUUUAUUCACAUUCACUCAUAUAUAUAGGCCUACUUUACAUUUACGUUUCUGCCUUGAGGAAGUAUACAUCACUGAUUAAACGAUCUCGACGUGUUGAAUGAUGAUGUUCUGUGUGCUUUCAGGGACAUCACACACACACACACACACCAUUUACUGCAGCUUUAAAUUCGGUUUCAUAUGUUUUGUAUUUAAGUGUAUUUGAGAUGCUAUCUAAGUAUUAUUUAAAAUAAAAUAACUUGUUUUAAGCUGG